CGUGGGCCCUUUAAUCGCUCAUGCCUGCCUCGCAACGGGUUUACUUUGAAAAUUCAAACCGGAAGUGGGCGUUUAUGCCGUAAAAACAGCGGCAGCCAGGCGUGCAGCGCUACUGACGAGAAACACAGAUUAAAAACAACAGCAGAGUUUGUAACAAGCCGAGCCAAAUCGCCGAGAAAUCCCCCGAGAGGACGCCGCUUGUCGCUGCCCGGCCGCCGGGAUGGUUGUCCGGAGUGGGCUGUAGACUCCUGCGGCGGGACUGAAGAGGAUGGGAUCAGAGCCCCGGUGCCUGAGCAGAUGUCUCUGGGUCGGCUUCUACGGCGUGCCUCCUCUAAGGCCUCCGACCUCCUGACCUUUAACCCCGGGGCGGGGGGCUCAUCGUUGCGCUCGGGCCUGGAUGGCGAGAUCAUCUUCUCCAAGAAUAAUGUUUGCGUGCACCCUGCGGAGCCCCUCCCAGGCCUGGCCGAGCACCACCCAGGCUACCUGUGUGUGCACGUGGAGAAGGACGAGAGUCUGGGAACCACUCUCAUUCUGACAUGGGUGCCUAAUUCUCGCAUCCAGAGGCAGGAUGAGGAGGCCCUGCGCUACAUCACCCCGGAGAGCUCCCCAGUGCGCCGGAACGCCCGCCGCAGGGGCCGGCGGCCACAUUCCCGCCCCCCGGCCGCCCAGGAGGAGGAUGAAGAUGAGGAGAGGAACAUUAGCAGCAGCGCCUCCACGGAGAGCCCCGGCCUGCUGGUGGAGGCCGGGGCCGACCCCGCCCCCCCCCACCAGCAGCAGCAGCCGCCCUCCGCCGGGGAGGAGGCCGACGAGGGCUCCUGCGAGCUGUCCGACGAAGUGAGCCGGGACAGCACCAUGGGUUCGGAUUCAGACACCUUUUCCUCCCCCUUCUGCCUGUCCCCCGUCAGUGAGGCUCUGUGUGAGAGCAGCAGCUCCGUCUUCCUGGACAGUGAAAGCAGAGAAUUGUGCGAGGAGGCUAUGAACCACUCGGUCAGCUCUGCGUCCAGCCUAGACAGCCACGCCCCCUCCGAGAGCAGCAGCCAGUCGCAGGGCAUGCGCUGGGAGGAACAGCAGAAGCUGCUGGCUCUGGAGCAGCUGUGUGGAGUUUUCCGGGUGGACCUGGGUCACAUGAGGUCGCUGAGACUCUUCUUCAGUGAUGAGGCAUGCACUAGUGGCCAGCUGGUGAUAGCCAGCAGGGAAAGCCAGUAUAAAAUCCUCCAUUUCCAUCAUGCUGGACUGGACAAGCUGGCUGAGGUUUUCCAGCAGUGGAAGUGCUGCAGAGAAACUCAGCUCAAAGACCAGGUGUCAGACGAGAAGUCGUGUAUGCAGUUCUCCAUCCAGAGACCCACCCUGCCGUCAGCCGAGACCCAUCCAGAAGAGAGGCUGUAUCGAAGGCUGGACGUCACCACCUGGCUACGCCACCUCAACCACAGCGGACAGGUGGAGGAGGAGUACAAGUUGCGCAAGGCCAUCUUUUUUGGAGGGAUAGACCCGUCCAUCCGUGGCGAGGUGUGGCCCUUCCUGCUGCACUACUACAGCUACGACUCCACAUCUCAGGAGAGGGAGGCCUGGCGGCUGCAGAAGCGCACUCACUAUCACGACAUCCAGCAGAGGAGAUUGUCCAUGAGCCCAGAAGAGCACAGUGAGUUCUGGAGAAAAGUCCAGUUCACAGUGGAUAAAGAUGUGGUUCGAACGGAUCGCAGCAACCACUUCUUUAGAGGAGAGAAUAACCCAAACGUGGAGAUCAUGAGGCGGAUUCUGCUCAACUAUGCGGUGUUUAAUCCGGACAUGGGCUACUGCCAGGGCAUGUCUGACCUGGUGGCCCCGCUGCUCACCGAGAUCCAGGAUGAAAGCGACACCUUCUGGUGCUUCGUCGGCCUCAUGGAGAACACCAUCUUCAUCAGCUCUCCACGGGAUGAAGAUAUGGAGAGGCAGCUGAUGUACCUGCGGGAGCUGCUGCGCCUCAUGCUGCCGCGCUUCCACCAACACCUGACCAGGCUCGGAGAGGACGGCCUCCAGCUGCUCUUCUGCCAUCGAUGGAUCCUGCUCUGCUUUAAGAGAGAGUUCCCUGACACAGAGGCUCUGCGUAUGUGGGAGGCGUGCUGGGCACACUACCAGACAGACUACUUCCACCUGUUCUUGUGCGUGGCCAUCAUCGUUCUCUAUGGGGACGAUGUGACCGAGCAGCAGCUCGCCACUGACCAAAUGCUGCUCCACUUCAGCAAUCUCUCCAUGCACAUGAACGGAGAACUCGUGCUACGCAAGGCCCGCAGCCUUCUCUACCAGUUCCGCCUCCUCCCCAGAAUCCCGUGCAGCCUACAUGACCUUUGUAAAUUGUGCGGCCCGGGGAUGUGGGACAGCCGCUACAUCCCCACUGUGGAGUGUUCAGGUGAACACCCAGACUCCCAGAGCUGCCCCUAUGGAGGCACGUCCACCCCACAGCCCUCCUCCCCCUCCCCUUCGUCCUCACCAAACCCCACCCCCACACCUCCCGCGGAAGGUAAGCGGGGCUCCAAAAAACGGGACAUUUUCACCUUUCGAAAGCCGUCCUGAGACGAACACCACGGGGAGCUUGUUUUGGUUAAAGUUAGAGCAGCAAAUGUUUGGAUCCCUCUGCUGGAUCUCCAGACUGCUUGCUGCCCCUGGACACCUCUCUCCACUCUCCAUAUUUCUGAUUUUUUUUGUUUUUUUGUUAUCUUAUUGAAGAUUUUUGUCAUUUGAUCUUUUCAUGGGGUGCAACGUGGAACACUGCCUUACAGAAUGUUGUUUUUGACGUUCACUAUCAUGAUUCUGCAACGAGGAUUGGUUCACUGUCGGAAAGAUCAGUGGUGGAGAAGCUGCUCCUCUUAGAGCACAAUGGACAAUCACCAGAUGCUGGGUUGGGCUUGAGCUACUUCAGGUUCAAGGCUGCCGCUGGCUUGGCAUUCGUCCACGGGCUUUGUGGGCAGGGGGUCACAUCAGGGUCUCAUGCAACUGGACUGAAUUCUUCAGACUCUGGGUCAAAAAGAACUGGGGAUUCAUUCACAGGACUUGAAGUCGAACCUUUGAAAAUGUUCCUGUGCUCCGACAAUGGCUCAUUUGUUUUAAUAUCAAACUAUAUGUACAUAUGUCAUGCCUGAGCAGGACAUUUUGAGAUGGAAUCCAAACUAUUGGUGUUAGCAAAGGAAGAUUAACCUACAGCAUUGGAAUGAAUUACUUCUCUUUUUUUAUUUAAUGUUUCAAAAAAUGAAUGUUUGCGUUUAUAUCAGUAGGUAAACAUAUUUAGCAAUAUUCUAUCUUCGCAUGAGAAAUCCUUUCCACAUAGGGGGCACAACAAACUUGUUGUCGGAAAACAAUUGAGCCCAAAACAGAGCUUAAGAAUGUGUUUAUAUAACAAACACUGUGACAGGGCUUCUCGUUUCUCAUCACAUGCUGGCAAAGAAUAUCCUCCUAGUUUCUGAAUGAUCGUGGGUCUUUUUUUCAUGUCAAGUAGGAGGAAGAGAAGCAUAUCAGUCAAAGGUUCAAGAUUCACACGCUUGCAUCACUAAAUAUCAAAUGUCUGAGGCAUAGGACACGACAUCAUAGUUGCCAAAGACAGCACGGAUCAUGGUUUCAUCCAAACUGGAAUGAAUAGCUCUCUGUUCUACUUGAAAUUUCAUCCUUUGAAACACGUUUGUGACAGCACUGUUUCCUUGUGCCAUUCUUCACAUAUUCACCUUGAAUGAAUGAAAACACACUCAAAAGAAUCCAUUCACAUGAAUGGAUCUGUUUUUUGCCUCUUCUCACUGAACAUCAACACUAUGAAAGUAUUGGAAACGUGUUUGAGUGUAUAAUCUUUAAGGAUCUCUUAACAUCUGGUAAGCCUUUGAAGGCCCCAUGCAGUUAUUUUGAGGAGAAUCAUAGUGGGAAAGAAGAGAUAUAGGCUUGUUGUUUAUGUAUUUAGGCUUCCUACAGGGAUGUGCUGCAUAGUGAUGUAGCCUCAGGUGUUAAGACGGUCUCCACUCAGAUUCUUUCCCCUGAGAGCCUCUGAGUGACACCCUCAGGAUUGUAACAUCUGCAAAAAAGCUGCUAAAAUGAAACAUUGAUUUGUUCACUGAGCCUUCUACAGUCUCCGCAAGACAUUCAAAACUGCUUUUCUCUGUGAGUUAUUAAAACAGCUUCUGGUGGCACCGAGAUUGCAUUGAAAUGAGUUAAGUUAAAAACACAUGAUGGGAAAAUACUGUGUGUGUGCGCGUGUGUGUGU